CUGUGUGCUUUUAUCUCUCUGUUCCUGCAGGGUCUUUAUCCGGAGUCUCAUGGGAUUGUGGACAACAAGAUGUACGAUGUGACCCGAAACGCUUUCUUCAGCUUGAAAACUGAUGAGAAAUUCGAAAAGAAAUGGUACCAAGGAGAGCCAGUCUGGCUCACCGCCAUGCGUCACAAGCUGAAAGCAGGCACUUUCUUCUGGCCUGGCUCAGAUGUCAACAUCGGUGGCACGUAUCCAAACUUGUACAAGUUGUAUAACAAGAGCAUCACAUUUGAGGAGAGAGUGUCAACCGUCCUCGAGUGGCUCAGUUUACCUCAGGAUGAACGACCUGACUUCUACACUCUGUACCUGGACGAACCGGACUCAGCAGGACAUCGCUAUGGGCCAAAGAGCAGUCAGGUCGUUCAGGCUUUGAAAAAUGUGGACGGGAUUUUGGGCUUGCUGAUGGACGGCCUGAUGAAGAAAGGCCUGCAGAACUGUGUCAACCUGAUAGUCAUAUCAGACCACGGCAUGGAGGAGGCUUCAUGUGAAAAAGCAGCAUAUGUGUCAAACUACGUGGACAAUACAGAUGGUUUUUCUGUCAUCCAAGGCCCGGCUGCUCGCAUCAGACCCACCAGCCUCCCAGACAAUUUCUUUUCCUUCGACUAUGAGGGCCUGGUGAAGAACUUGUCGUGCAGGACCUCUGACCAGCCACUGAGGCCAUACCUCAAAGAAAACCUCCCCAAAAGGAUGCACUUUGCCAACAACAAACGCAUAGAGAGAGCACAUCUGUAUAUGCAGGAGGGGUGGCAGGCUGCGCUAAACCGCAAGGAAAUCAAGUACUGCACCGGAGGAUUCCACGGCUCCGAUAACCUCUUCACCAACAUGCAGGCCAUCUUCAUCGGAUACGGCCCAGGGUUUAAACACAACACUGUCGUGCCCCCUUUUGAAAACAUUGAAGUAUACAACCUCAUGUGUGAUCUUCUCCGAGUUCGUCCCGCUCCAAACAACGGCACUCACGGCAGUCUGAACCACCUCCUGAAGAACCCCGUACACCAGCCGGGUUACCCGCCGCAGCUCUCACAUGGCGACACCUGUGAUGCCAGAAACCCGUUCCCGACCAACGAUCUGCAGUGCACUUGUAGCGCGCAAACAAAGGAGAUGGAGACGGAGAUGAACAGACCUCUCAUCAGAACUAACUCCAGCUCCAGUUUACGUCGCCUUCACCAACCCUUCGGCACCCCUCAAGUCGUCCAACCAGACGCCAAAUUUUGCGUCCUCUAUCAGUCCAGCUACGCCAACGGGUACAGCAAAGAUCGCCUCAUGCCUCUCUGGGUUGCGUACACCAUCCAGCCUCUGACCAGAGUCCAGCCUCUGAAUCCAGAGUCGGAGAAGUGUGUUCGUGCUGACGUACGCAUCCCACCGGCCGCCAGCCAGAUGUGUGGGCGCUACAGAGAAGACCCCAGUUUGUCCUUUGGCCUGCUGCAUCCCCCCAAUCUGAGUGCCAACGGACCUGAGACAGACUCUCUAAUCGCGAGCAACAUGGCACCGAUGUUCCCUGCAUUUAAAAAUGUUUGGACGUACGUCCACGAUGAGCUGCUUCCAAAAUAUUCACAACAGCUGAACGGGGUCAACGUCAUGAGCGGGCCGAUAUUCGACGAAGAUUACGACGGACACGUUGAUGCACUCAAAGCAAUCUCAGGGAACAAGGCUCCCAUCCCGACACAUUUCUUCCUGAUCCUCACCAGCUGUGGGAACUCGACCUUGAGUCCCGUUGACUGCAAGGGUCCCCUCCAGGCCAAGUCCUUCAUCCUGCCGCACAAGCCUGACUACACAGAGAGCUGCGCUAACGGGGCUUCAGACUUGGCAUGGGUGGAGGACUGGCUGCAGUUUCACGCGGCGCGAGUCCGAGACGUCGAGCUCCUCACUGGACUCAGCUUCUAUCACGACAGGUUAUCGGUGGAAGAGACGCUACAGCUCAAGACUCUUCUACAGACUGCUUAAAAUCAGAGACAUUAGCGAGAGAAGCUUUAAUGUCCAUAAGAAGCCAUACCGGUCUGCGCAGCAGGCCUCUGUCCACCGACCGCCAGCGGGUUUAACCGGUGCCUCAACCUGAAAAAGUUCCAUCCAGGUUUUUUUGUGAUAUGUCUGAUUCCCAAAAAGUGUUUUUAUAAUGAUUCAGUGUGAAAGCAGUAUAUGUAUAUAUAUAUUUGAUCAUGUUUUUAUAAAGAAUAGUCAGUCCUCCGGACCUCUGAACCAAAGAUCCCGUCACGUCUGCUGAGUGGCUCCAAAGAUGACGACAGUUUGGCAGGAACAAAAUAAAAAAGGGAAAAAAGAUUUAUUGAUGUGAGAAGAAUCUAUUUAUACUGUUGUUUUAUUGGCACUUUGAGGAACACAUGACAAUCUGGAAACAGUCGUACCUGCCUCUACCACAGGUUCAACAUGAAAAUUAAUCUGCCAGCUGUCAUCUCAUGCUCAUUGUUGUUGUUUUUGUAAUUUCUCUUUCCAACACCAGUGUUGUUUUUAGUAUUUUGUACAUUUUUUUGGUUUGAUUAAUGCCAUUUUGAGAUAAUUAUUUGAUUUUUGAGUGUGCGUGCAUGUGUGUGAAUGAAUGCAUGGAUGGAUUAUGAGAAAUCCUACAUAGGCGCGAGACACUGACCGGACCAGACUGAAAGAGACAAAAUGAAAUGUUGUAUUGUGCCUCUUUGUGGUUGUUUUAUAUCUUUUUAUGACUAUUUUGUAUCUCUUUGUAGUUGUUUUGUCUCUUUGUGGUUGUUUUAUGUUGUUUCAUAGUUGUUUGAUGUCUUCUUGUAGUUGUUUUAAGUUUCUUUGUAGUUGUUUGAUGUCUUCUUGUAGUUGUUUUAAGUUUCUUUGUAGUUGUUUUGUGCUUCUUCAUGGUUGUAUUUUCUCAUGUGGUCGUUUUUGCAUCUCUUUCUUAUAAUUAUUAAUCUCUUUGUGCUCUUGCAUGUCCUUCUUUUGUUGUCAUUUUGCAUCCCUUCAUAGUCAUUUUGCAACAGGCGUCUUUCUGCAGUUAUUAGGCACAUUUUGAGGUUGUUUUGCACCAUUUCAAGGUCAUUUAGCAUCUUUGUAGGCGUUUUCCGUGUCCUAACGACUCGUUUGUGGUUGUAUCGUGUCUCAUUUUACACGUCUUGUCAUUUUGUGUCCCUUUCUUGUCAUUUUGCAUCUCUUUGUUGUCAUUUUGUGUCCCUUUCUUGUCAUUUUGUGUCCCUUUCUUGUCAUUUUGUGUCUCUUUCUUGUCAUUUUGUGUCUCUUUCUUGUCAUUUUGCAUCUCUUUGUUGUCAUUUUGUGUCUUUUUUUUGUCAUUUUGUGUCUCUUUCUUGUCAUUUUGUGUCUCUCUCAGUGACAUUCUGCAGGUGAGGCAGAUCUCUGUGGCGCAGCUGUUGCUGGAGAUGAAGACAAGGCUGUCUUUUUUUAGUUUUCCUAUUCAGUCAUCCAUCCAUUUCUGUAAAUCUGUGUGUGUGUGUGUGUGUGUGGGUAGCUGAAAUGAUUUCUCUAUCAACAGUUCCUGUUCAGUCAUUUCAUGUUCACGUCACAGCGUCUGUCUGGAAGUUGAGGCCAUUUGUUGAAAAUAAAAAGUAAAGUUUCA